CGCCUUCCCGCCUUAAGAGCCGCUCCGCUCCGCGGCCGUGCCGACCAUGAGCUCCGCACCGCACCAGAGCGACUCCAAGGCGCCCCUGCGGCGAGCGGCGCGCGGCGGGAGCGGCAGGCGGGCACCCGGCCAGCCGCCGCCCCCGCCGCGGAGCCAGAGGCGGAACGGGCGCCCGGCGGCCGCGGCAGAAGCAGAAAGCAGCCCCUGCCCACCGCUCGCCGCCGAGCCCAGCGCCAGGAGGCCCCUCUGCCAGCCCGACGCCCCGGCCAACGGCAGCCUCCGGCGGCGCCCGCAGCAGCAGCAGCAGCAGGAGGCAGCGCCGCGGCGGGGGCGCCCACGCCCCCAGGAACCCUCGCCAGCGGCCCCCAGCCCGGACGGGGAGCAGGACUGGACCGCGCGGCGCUCAGACUGGGGAACCUCCGCGGGCAGUCCACGGGCCACCCCGGAAGCGCUGCUGCCGGCCAACGGCAAGAGCCCCGCGGCCAAGCCCGGCGUUGACGGCGACCCGCUGGUCCAUCAGCUGCGCCCUGUCCUGAGCGCCGUCUUCGGCCAGAAGAUCCACCAGGAGGAGAAGGCCUGCUAUAAGGCGGUCCAGCUGAGUGAGGAGGGGCCGUCGGCCGUCGAGGGCCAGGGCCAGGGCUCUGGGCUCCUGGUGCUGGCCCAGAACUGCGCGGUGAUGCACAACCUGCUGGGCCCAGCCUGCAUCUUCCUGAGGAAGGGAUUCGCGGAGAACAGGCAGCCGGACCGAGAGCUGCGUCCAGAAGAAAUUGACGAGCUGAGAGAAGCCUUCAAAGAGUUUGACCGAGACCGAGACGGCUACAUCAACUGCCGAGACCUGGGGAAUUGCAUGAGGACCAUGGGUUACAUGCCCACCGAGAUGGAGCUGAUCGAACUGUCGCAGCAGAUCAACAUGAACUUGGGCGGCCAUGUAGACUUUGAUGACUUUGUGGAACUGAUGGGACCCAAGCUGCUGGCAGAGACGGCCGACAUGAUUGGGGUCAAGGAGCUGCGAGAUGCCUUCAGGGAGUUUGACACCAACGGAGACGGAGAAAUCAGCACCAACGAACUGCGAGAAGCUAUGAGGAAGCUCCUCGGGCAGCAGGUGGGACACCGAGACAUAGAGGACAUCAUACGGGAUGUCGACCUGAACGGGGAUGGGCGAGUGGACUUUGAAGAGUUUGUCAGGAUGAUGUCUCGCUGAAGACGGCUCUUGAGCUGAGUGGUGACCCAACCCUGGAGGGUAGAAAAGGGCCCGUGUGGCGCACCAUGCCCUGAGCUCCUAUGCAAUGCCGGCUGCCCCACCGACGGUGUGCCGCAGUGACCUGCCUCACUACUCCACCUGGCCUGACGCUCCUUCCCUCUCCACACUGUGAAUGAUUCGGGGUCUCCUGCAUCCGAAGCGCUGCCGGGGGAGGCGACCUCAGAGGGGGCAGUGGUGCCCGUGCCCGAAGCAGCCACGGAGGGCUGGACGUCGUCGAGGUCUCCUUUUCCAACGCCUCGCCUGCUUUUGCUCUUCCGGCCAACCCUGCAAAGCGAUGAGAAAGAGGGGGGGCCCUGGAUGCGGUGGGGCCCCCGGGACCAGUGCCUGACGUGGACUGUGCUCUGGACUUCUGUUCCUUGGCCAAGGCGCCUUGUACGAAUGCCUCCUUCCUCUCCUCUGUGUCGCCUUGAUUUUUGCCUCUGGAAUGUUUUUCUGUCUCCCUACAGUCAUGUUAAGGGGCACCAAUUAUAUGUUUGCGCAGAAAAACAAAUAAUAUUGAACAAAUA